AUGAGUGCCUCUUUGAUAGGCAUCGCACCUCGCUGUCUGGCAAACCCAUUGACUGCUCUUGCUGCACCACCUCGAGAAUCACUACCGGAAGAAAAGCCUAGUAUGGCACUGUCUACUCCUCAACCCUCCGAUGACUCUCACCAACAAUUACUUGAUCAAAUCGAUAUUACCGCUCAACGAGAGCGCAUCCGCAACCGAAAUUGGAAGCCUUCGCAACGGCGCAACAAGAAUGUUAAGCAAAUCAUAUCCGAGAGCCAACGCAAGGAGGCUUCAGUCCUCGCAUCACAAAACGGGUCUGGAGCUAGCACACCAUUCCCAGCUACAGGAACGAAUACGGGCGGGGCAAUGACUCCUGUCAAUACAAAUGGCAGUACGAAACAGCCCAACAUAGCCCAAGCCGCACAAAAUCUCUCGACCCUUGUCCUAGAGAAAAAUCUACAGCGCAACGCUUUGCCAGUGGGACCUGCCGUCACCUACACCAACAUCGAGAGUGCUCCCUCCCUCCAUCCUGCCCAUUCAAAGCAUUACUGCGACAUUACAGGAUUGCCAUCCAGAUACACGGACCCGAAGUCACGGUUGCGAUACCACGACAAAGAGGUUUUCGGGGUGGUGAGAACGUUGCCUCAAGGUGUUGCUGAGAACUACCUAGCAGCCAGAGGUGCACAUGUUGUCCUGAAAUGA